AUGACUGGGCAGGAGAUGAAAUGGUCUACACCUAAAAAAGUUGGAGGUUCAAGGCAAAAUGUAUCAACAGCUAUGACUUUGAGAGCUAACAAAUAUAGUAUCUUGCAAGAGAAUCAGAUGGAGGUCUCAAAGAAGAGUUUAGGUGCUUUUCUUGAAACUAAAUUGAAAGGCAAUAAGGUUGAGGACAUGAUGAGGAAUGUUUUCUUGGGUUUGAAUUGGUAUAGUAGUCCGAUUUUGGAGGGUAGGAUUUUGUUAGUUUGGAAGGAAGAUAGAGUUUCUUUAAAUGUUACUCAGGCAGUUGACCAACUUAUUAAUUGUGAGGUGAAGAUUAAGGGAGUUUCUCAAAAAAUUUGCUUGACUUUUGUGUAUGCUAGGAAUUCGGUGGAGGAGAGGAAAGGUCUUUGGUCUCAAUUAGCCUUACUUGAGUAUUCUGUUCACCCUUGGUUGGUUAUUGGGGACUUCAAUCCUGUCUUUGAAUUUGAUGAUCGUAUUGGGGGUAGGCUACUUACUGAAAUGGAAGUGGAAUAUAGUCGUCUUUGGAGGGCUUAUGCUAUGUUGUCAGAAUUACGAUCGAAUGGUUCUAAUUUUUCCUGGUCUAAUAAGCAAAAGGGAGGAACAAGAAUUUUCUCAAAAUUGGAUAGAAUUUUUAUAAAUGAAUCAUGGAUAGAUUCCUUUCCUGAGUCAAAAGCUCGUAUUGACUGGGAUACUAUUUCUUAUCACUAUUUUUGUCUUAUCAAAACAGUUCCAAUUGAGGUCUCAGGGAGUAGGCCUUUCAGAUAUUUUAAUAUGUGGGCUAAUCAUAAGGAUUUUUGGAGUAUAGUCAUUGGUAACUGGUCUAAACCGACUGGUGGUUAUGGAUUGCAGCGGAUUAUGCAGAAGUUAAGGAGGCUUAAAACUGAUUUAUAUCAGUUUAAUAAGUUGCAAGCCCAGCUCUUGUUACAGCAGAAUCUAUCUUCGAUUUUACUACAGGAGGAUGAGAAAGAGGCGUACAUUGAUUUUGAUAGUAAGUCCAGAAUGUAUGAGAGCUUCCUUCAUCAAAAGAGCAAAAUUAAUUGGCUUCGAUUUGGUGAUGAGAAUACUGCUUACUUUCAUGCUAGUCUUAAGCAGAGGAGGAUUAGGAACCGAAUCACUUCUUAUAUGAAUGAUGAGGGUCAGAUUGUUGAUACUCAUGCUAAAGUUGUAGCUCAUUUUUAUAACCAUUUCAAAGGCUUUCUUGGAAACUCUAGUAUAGCAACCAGUCGGGUAGAUCAGGAGUGUUUCCAGCAGGGGCCAGUUUUGUCUUUGGAGCAAAAAAUUGAUUUAAUUCAGCCUUUUACUAAGAAGGAUGUUAAGAGGUCUUUAUUUAGUAUCGGUUCUAACAAGAUCCCUGGUCCAGAUGGUUUUGGCUCAGGCUUCUACAAAGCUCUUUGGAAGGACAAAGGGGAAGAAAUCUCUGAGGCGAUUUUGUUAUUUUUUGAGCGUGGUGAGAUACCUUCUCAGAUGAAUGGGAAAAUUUUAUCUCUCAUACCUAAGUGGAUUGAUGAGCUUUAUCUCAAAGGUCAUUCUUUUUGGAAUUAUAAACUAAAAUCAGAUGUUAGUUGGUAUUGGCGAAAAUUAUGCUAUCUGAGAGAGGUGUUUUCUAAAGAGGUAUUGGUGGCUUCGUUUGGUAAUGGUAAGCAGAAUCUGAAGGAUCUGUAUAGUAGUUGGCUUCAGAAGGUCCCGAUUUCUUUUGCUAAGGCGUGCCAGAUUUCUGUUGACUCUUGCUUGUGUCCGGUUUGUGAAAGAGUUGAGGAAACCCAUAUGCAUUUGUUUUUUGAUUGUAUCUUCUCUCAACAGCUGCUGUCUACUGUAUUUGGUGUAAUAGAAGCUCUUGCAUUUUUGCUCAUUGUUCCUUCACUCCUCAACAAAUACAUUGUAUGA